GAUAUAUCUAAAUACUAAUUAACGGUAACAAUACUUUAAAAAAAUAAUAAAAUAAACGCAUGUUGAAAAUAUUAACGAAUAUUCAAUUGUGCUUUUUUUUUAAAUAUUUUACUUAAUUUAAAAUUUAAAUCUUGGUAUUCUAUAGUUUAUGACUUUUUUUUCCGUUUGAUUCUUACAAUACACCAAGAAUUAAUAAAAGUGUGAUAAGACGAAACUGUAGAUGUAAUUGUAUUAUAAAAUAGCGUAAGCAAGUGCAACAAGUGACUGAACAAGUUCAAAACAUGAUCCUGUAUGACUUACAGAAUGAAGCAGGGUCUGGCGAAGGACCUGGUCCCCCCGUCAACAACAACACAGAGGGUGCGGUUGCUAGCCCUCCCCGAGACGACAACCACAACGCGCAGCUUACAACGCCACGAGCUACGCCACUCACACCGUCGGAAAUUUUAAAGUUAUAUGGGGAAAGAUUAACGGCGUGGGAGAGGACGGAAGUACGAAAGUAUCCCGAAGUCUGGUUCCUGGGGCUUGAGGCGAGCAAAGUCCAGGCGUGGUCCACCUUACCCAACAAUUGCGGCUUUGAUGAUGAGAACGGCAGUUACAACAAAAAAAUUCACGACCACAUCGCAUAUCGGUACGAGAUCCUCGAAGUGAUCGGCAAAGGAUCAUUCGGUCAAGUGAUAAGAGCACUCGACCACCGCAGCGGUAACCAGGUCGCCAUCAAGAUCAUCAGGAAUAAGAAGCGAUUCCAUCACCAGGCCCUGGUGGAGGUGCGGGUGCUGGACCACCUCAGGUUGAAGGACAAAGACCAAACGCACAACGUCAUACAUAUGCUGGAUUAUUUCUACUUUAGAAAUCAUCUCUGCAUCAGUUUCGAGCUUAUGAGUAUUAAUCUCUAUGAGCUGAUAAAAAAGAACAAUUACCAAGGAUUCAGCUUAAGCCUCAUCAGACGGUUCUCGAGUUCUCUUCUUCGCUGUCUGAGGCUACUCGAAGCGGAGAAUAUUAUCCAUUGCGACUUAAAACCUGAAAACAUAUUGCUCAAAGCCCGGGGAAGUUCGUCGAUCAAAGUCAUAGAUUUUGGAAGCUCGUGCUACACACACGCCCGCGUUUACACCUACAUACAAUCUCGGUUCUAUAGAAGCCCGGAAGUGAUCCUGGGCUUGCCGUACGGCACAGCUAUUGAUAUGUGGAGUAUGGGUUGCAUUUUAGCGGAGCUUCACACGGGUUACCCGCUAUUCCCGGGGGAGAACGAGGCGGAACAGCUCGCUUGCAUCAUGGAGCUGCUUGGUCCACCGCCGCCUGAUCUCCUACUGCAUGCUACACGGAAACGACUGUUCUUUGAUUCAAAAGGUUCACCGCGAUCUGUGACCAACUCGAAAGGUCGAAAGCGGAAACCUGGAUCGAGAACUCUCUCUACAGCUGUCCAGAGCAACGAUCCAGCCUUCCUUCACUUUUUACAUCGGUGCUUAGAAUGGGAUCCAAAACGUCGUAUCACGCCCACAGAAGCAACUCGCCACGAAUUCGUAACCGGCUGUCCUCUCGGAUCAACGCCAUCUGGACAGUUGGCAUUACCUCGUCUGCCUCCCCCUAGACCUGCGAGGACAGCUCUCUUACAUUCCCAAUCAGCUGGUGACGUGGCCGCCAUGUUGGGACGAGCGUGACCUAAGGACAGAUGAGACAGAGUUGGGUCCGGAGGCCUAUAGCCUUUGGUUUCUCGUCUAUUGCUUUGUAGUUCAAUUUGUUUCAGCAUACAAUAGUCAAUUUUAUUAUGAUUUUAAGUGAUGAACUUAUUAAUUUUUAAGUCGUACUCUUCGCUUUGAUAGGGAAUUUGUUUAUGCGUUGACGAGAAAUGUACCACAAUAAUUGGAUCUGAAAAAACGUAUUACGAAAUAAUCUUUACUUUUUAUCAUUAACAUUUGACGUUUUAGCAAUUAAAAUUUAGUUAAUUUAUUAGAUGAACUAAAUUGACAAUGUGAUACAAAAAUAACGAACAAAGAUCUCAAAAUUAUUGUUAGACAGUUUGAUAUUUCGUAAUAUUUGAGCUGAUAAAGUUACUUCAAACACGACUUUAAAUCUUGACGAUAUUUCUAAUCAAACUAAAAGAUCUCAUAUGUAAUUUAAUUCUAAAAGUUGCUCAACAUAGAUAAAAAAGGAUGAAGAAUAGAGGUGAUCGUUACAAAGAUAGUUUGCGUUUCGAUUCUUCUAAGAAGUAUAUUGAGUAAGCGUAUUAAUGCUUUCUCUUCCUAUAUUUAUCUGAUAUUAUGUUCUGCAACAUUCUAUAGGUCAUCAGUUCUGCGCUACUUAUUACCAUCUCAUCGUACUACCUAUAUUACGCAAUAUUUUAGUCUAUUAGACCACUUUUGUAAUUCACUAUCGACCUAAAUGCGGUUAGCGCGAUUAUCGGAAUUACCGCUAAGUUAGACAUUAAGUGCUUUUCAUUUUGUGAUUUGGAGAUGUAAUAUGAGUGCCAAAACUUGCCUUUCAAACCGUUUGUUAGGUACUGUUUUAAAUUUUAGACAAUUUCUGAUUUUCUAGUCAAUGAUUUGCUCGUUAUUAAUGUUUCUUUUUACGUAUAAGUAAAAAUGAAGCUUUAGAACGAAACGUCGUAUCCAUUGAAUAUCAAUUUAUUAAAAAUCAUAUUAGAUAAAAAAAAAUGACUGAUUUAUAGUACAAGAAGGUAUACGUCUGUUCAUCAUAUCACAAUAAGGUCAGGUCAGGUCAUAUUCCUAUAUCUCAUCUCUCGAAGAGGAGAUAUUCAUAUCGUUGACUCUUAAUUAUAAUUUGAGAAGGAAAAGGGGAUUUCUGGAACCUGUCGUAAUUAAAUUUCGUAAAUACGUAAAGAUUAGGUGUCGGUAGGUUUUUAGUAAUUAGUGAAUACGUUUUGUCCCUUGAUAAUUUUGCGUAUACUGCAAAGUCGCCUAAUUUUACUCAUUCCUAGUCAAAGAUAUGUUGCUAACGUCAUGAGAUUUUUUUGGUUUGUAUUUAUUUGAAAGUUUUAGUCAAUAAUAUAAGUGAAUUCCAAUUUCAUAGACAGAUAUGAUUUGGAAAAAAUAAUUGUAAAUAUUUAUUUACUCACAUAGCUGUGUAUUUUCAAAUAGUGAUUUUUAGCGUCUGGCUAUAAUAGAUUUUACUAAAACUAAGUGUCUAGGUCUAUGUCUAUAUGACCGUGUAGUUUUUGUAAUCAUAGAUAGACAAUACUGAAAGUUACUUAUGUCGUUCUAAGGUCUCAAAAUGUAGUUUUUAUAUUUAUUAGUUCAUUAAAUUCUGGGUUGCCAAGUUUUAAUGUUAAGAUGAUUAUUUAUAAUUUUAAUAACGAUAAACGUCUUUGCUAAUAAACGUUGUUUUUGUUAAGCACUGUUCUCUCUCUUUCUGUUACCAUUGAUAUGAUAUUUGAAGGAAAAAGACACAACAUUGUUUAACUAAUAACCCCCUAAAUAGCAUUAAUAAGGCCGUUUAUUGUACAGCCCAUAGUGUUAAGUGAAAUUCAAAAUUAUAUCACAAUUAAAUUUGAAAUAUGCUGAAUAUAUAGAAGUAGUGGAUGGAUUGCAUUGGGUUUAUUUAAGAGUAUAUGUAAUUUAUCUACUGUUUUGUGUUCUAAAUUAAACCGAAAUAAAAAUAUAUUAAUUUCUCAAAUUUAAUAGAUGUUUGUUGAUAUGACCGUAAAACAUCGGCCUCUUCAUAAUUAGAGGCGUGGACUCUGUUACAGCUUCAUGUGUAUUAUAUGUUAUAUUUAAUUUCUUCUUUAGUGGUACAAAAAAAAAACAUUUGUUGAUUGUUCUUUUUAACUAAGUGCACAUUCACACAGGUUUGUAUCUUCAGGUCCGCUAUGAAUGAAUCCGUCAUGAUUGUGUUAACAUCGGAUUUGUAGGAACUUUUUAAGUUACUGAGGGAUUAGUAAAACGGUCCGAUAUUGUAUCGGAUUGGCAUUUUUUAUCUGGAUCUGGAUGUCUGUGGUACGAUACACAUACGUCCAAAUACAGAUAAUAUAGCAUAAAUACGCCAUCGUCGAAAAAAUAACGAUAAAAUGAACCUGUUAAACGGAACGCUGUGUGAAUAAAGCGUAACAUAAAAAGUCCACUCGAUAUUGGGACAUGUGUGGCGUAAAUACCCUAAAUAAAUUAUUGAAUGAUAUAAUUUUGGAAAAGUAUGAGAAUGUAUGUAUCGUAAAAUUCAAUAUAAAUUCCAAAUGCUUCUAAUUUUUCAUGAAAAUUCUUGACGUAGUAUUUGUCGUGAUCUCUCGAGACCAAAGUAAAAUUUAAAAAUUUGUGAUUAGAGAAUUUGUUGAAUUAGCAUAUUUAGAUAAAUUGUAAUUUGUGUGGUUAUAAUAUCGCAUGAUAUUUGAUAGGACACGAAUAAUAUAUGGAUGUAAUGUUAUCGAAGAUUUCCAUAAAUGGAAGCCAUGUUAUUAAGCCAGUCGGGUCAUGUAUGUCAAGCUUCAAGUAUUAAUUAAUUACCUUGCAGUACACACAUAUAUUUGAUUUAUAUUAUAACUAUAAAUCCUUAAAACUAAUGUAAAAAAAAUAGCACAUAAAAAAGUAUUAAAAAUUUAAUAAGGAAUGUGCGACUUAUUUUUGUCAGGUUUUUUUCAUAAGAAAUAUUUUUAACAAUCGUUACCUACUGAUACAAACAUUUUUUUUUCUUUUGUUUCGGCUAUUAUUUGUGCCAAGAGGGCUACCUACAAAAUAAGUUUCACUUCAAAUCAUAUGUAGCAAGAAGGAAUCAAUAUUUGACAUACGUCAAAUAUUCUCAUUUUCAAUUUUUUUUUAUUUUGUAAUGCAAUGGCAACAUUAUUUACAGCUAAUUAAAACCGUUCGUGACUUAUCAAAUACACUAUGUAUGGUCUCUGUAUAUGUCUAUAUGUUUAGUUGUAAUUGUAAAUAUUAUUAUUGUAGAACAUUCUAGGCGAAGCCAAACUGUGAACUGUAAUGAUUGUUGUACUUUAUAAUUUAAGACCCGUUUACAUUACAUCGGACUGAUAAGUCAUAUCGGAAAUUGUUUCGUUUUUUAUUUUUUUAAUUUAUAUUAUUUACAUAAAAAAUAUGUAUAUCUAUUUUUAUUACCCAUGUAAUACUGUGACUUUAAUGGUGAAGAUUCGUUUUCUUCGAAUAAUUUAAAAAUGCA